GCGUCUAACGGCCGGAAGGGGCGGGGCCAAGGUGUGGGAGUGACAGCAGAGCUGCUUCCCAGCGAGAGGAGGCCUGCUUUUGUUGUCCAGGAGGAGGCGAAGAAGGCGGGCAGAGGCCUGGCAAGGGGACGGAGGGGCCUGGUCUCCCUCCGUAAUUUUGCCUUGGACGACAUUUGCCAAGUCAAGAAAGCAGUGCUUUGGCCAUGUUGAAAACUGCCUGGGAAAUACGAACAAACCUAGCCAGACCUGAGUUAGCAGAAAGCCUUCAAAUGAAGCACAGAAAGGAGUACUUUGAAAGGAGCAUGAAAAAGAGCCUGGAGGAGGAUGCGUUCAGUUCGGAUUUACAGCACCAGCGUUUCAGAGGGUUUUGCUACAAGGAGGCGGAGGGGCCCCGGAGGGUUUGCAGCCAGCUUUAUUCUCUUUGUCAGCAAUGGCUCCAACCAGAAAGAAACACCAAAGCAGAGAUGUUGGACCUGGUGGUGCUGGAGCAGUUCCUGGCCGUCCUUCCUGCGGAAAUGGAGCGCUGGGUGCGGGAGUGUGGGGCAGAGAGCAGCACCCAGGCUGUGGCCCUGGCAGAAGGAUUCCUCCUCAGCCACGCAACAGAGAAUAGGACAGAAGAACCACAGGACUGGUUUGUGGAAAAGACGGCUGAGACCAGGCAUGAUGGGGACAGAGUGUCCACCCCACUAGAAGCUGAAAUAAGUUCAGAGGCUCUAUAUACAAUCACGUCUCUUCGUUCUGAUGGAUAUAGAACAGCAUCUCCAAAACCGGAUCAGGUGAUCUUUGAAGAGGUAGCUGUGUAUUUCACAGAGGAGGAGUGGGCCCUGCUGGACUCCGGUCAAAGGGCUCUUCAUUGGGAAGUGAUGGAGGAGAAUUUGGGGAUCCUGUCCUCUCUUGAUGGAGGUGAGCAAGACAAUGAAAAUGAAGAAGACCACCCAGGGCUCUUCCUCCAAACAGCUAAUUGUGAGGUGGAGAAAGGCGAUGGGAUGAAAACGACUGCUCAGGAAAAUGUAUGCUCUCUUCAAGAUGAUGAUGAUGAUGAUGAUGAUGACAGCCAGAUCUCAUACCAAGAGAUAACCCAGAAAGGGAAAGAAAUCAGCAUCUGCCUUAUAUGUUGGAAAACUUUUAGGAGUAAAGCCAGUCUUUACCUUCAUAUGCGAACUCACACAAGGGAGCAGCCUUUUGAAGACGACGAAUGCAGAAAGACCUGCAGCCUAAUGUUGCGGGAAAGAACUCAUGCAGGAGAGAAGCCGUUUAAGUGCCUAGGCUGCGGAAAGAGCUUCAGCUGGCGGUCGCACCUUCUGAUGCAUCUCACGACCCACACUGGGGACAAACCGUUUAAAUGUUUGGUGUGCGACAAAAGUUUCAGUCGGAAAGAAACCCUCCUUCGCCAUCAGGCCACGCACACCGGGGAGAAACCUUUUAAAUGCUUGGAAUGUGGGAAAAGCUUUAGUCGGAAGAUCAACCUCACUCGCCAUGGCGCAAUGCACACGGGGGAGAAGCCCUUUAAAUGCCUGGAGUGUGGGAAAUGUUUCAGGUGGAUAAUAAGCCUGGCGAGUCAUCAGUCCACGCACGGAGGGGAGAAACCGCAUAUAUGCUCUGAGUGUGGAAAGGGCUUUAGUUGGAAGAAGCAACUCACCCGGCAUCGCGCAACUCAUACCGGGACGAAACCCUUUCAGUGCGACGAGUGCGGAAAAGGCUUCACUCAGAAGACGGACCUCACGUAUCAUCAAGCAAUCCACACAGGCGAGAAGCCAUACAAAUGCCUGGAGUGCGGGAAGAGCUUCAGUCGGAAGAAAGGCCUGACUUACCAUCAGCCCAUGCACACAGGUGAGAAGCCGUUCCAGUGCUUGGAGUGUGGGAAGAGCUUCAGCCGGAAGACGGGCUUGACUUACCAUCAGGUGACUCACACAGGGGACAAACCAUUCCAAUGCCAGGAAUGCGGCAAAAGUUUCAGCUACAAAAUUAGCCUCACUCGGCAUCACGCAACUCAUGUCGGUGAGAAGCCAUUCAAAUGCUUGGAGUGCGGGAAGAGUUUUAGUCGGAAGACGGGCCUCAAUUAUCAUCAAGUGAUUCACACAGGGGAGAAGUUGUUCAAAUGCCUGGAGUGUGGGAAGAGCUUCAGCCGGAAGAAAGGCCUCAUUUGUCACCAAGCAACUCACACAGAAGAAGGCCUUUAAAUUUUCGGAGUGUAAACAUUGUUCCAAUCAGAACACAAGGGAGAAACAGUUACAAUGAUUGUUGUAUGGAAACAGAUGCCAUUCCAUACAACACCUUCUGUAACAUCAUUAUCCCUGGAUAAAUCAUUUCAGCACUUAAAAAUGUGGAAAGCGACUCAGUCAUUUCUCACUUUAUAGAAAUAUAAUCUUAGGAAAAACCAGGGCAACUGUAUUGAAGAAAAGUAUGAAAAUGGGUAAUCCUGAAAUGCUUGGAAUGGGGAGUAUCUAUAAUAGGAAAUUGUUCCUUAUCAGGCCGUGAAUGAGCGGCUUAAACAGUCUGUUUAGCCUGCAGAAGAGAAGGUUGAGAGGAGACAUGAGAACUAUGUUUAAGUAUCUGAAAGGAUGUCAUAAGUGAGAACAGGCUUGUUUUCUGCUGCCCUGGAGACUAGGACUCAGAGCAAUGAGUUCAAAUUAGAGGAAAGGAGAUUCCACUUGAAUAUUAGAAAGAACCUCCUGACCAUAAAAGCUGUUCAACAAGAGAACUCUCUGUCUUGGAGUGUAGCAGAGGUUCCUUCUUUGGAGGCUUUUAAAAAGAGGCUGGAUGGCCGUCAGAGGUGCUUUGAUGGUGCUUUUCCUGCACGACGGGGUUGGACUGGAUGGCCCAUGAGGUCUAUUCCAGCUCUAUGAUUCUAUAAUCCAGACAUUCACACUAAAUUCUUUUUGUGUGCCUUCAAGUUGUUUCUGAUUUAUUGUGAUCCUUAGAUGAACCUAUCACAGGGUUUUCCUGCCUAAAUUUGUCCUGAGGUGAUUUGCCUUUGCUUUCCUCUAAGGCUGAGAGAGUGUGACUGGUCCAAGAUCAUCCAGUGGUUGCCAUGGCCAAAUUAGAGUUUCAAACCAUCUGUUGCAGUAGAACUCAAACCACUACAGCACACUGCGAUAAAACCAUAGAGAUGGGGAAAGCAUUUAAAUACUUGGCAUAUGGUAAUACCUAUAGUAUGAAACUCUUCCUUAUUUGGUAUUAAAGAAUCCAAACGGAAAGAAGCUUCAGUCAGACAUGAAUCCUUGUGUCACACUAAAGAGUUUAUAAUCCAUCCUCUGCUAGAGAAAAUAUUUUGAAAACACUGGGUUGCUUUGAGUUCCAGGCUGUAUGGCCAUGUUCCAGAAGCAUUCUCUUCUGAUGUUUCACCCACAUCUAUGGCAGGCAUCCUCAGAGGUUGUGAAGUCUGUUGGAAACUAGGCAAGUGGGAUUUAUAUAUCUGUGGAAUAAUGUCCAGGAUGGGGGAAAUAACUAUUGUCUGUUUGAGACAAGUGUGAAUAUUGCAGUUGGCCACCUUGAUUAGCAUUGAAUAGUCUUGCAGCUUCAAAUCCUGGCUGCUUCCUGCCUGGGGAAAUCCUUUGUUGGGAGUUGUUGGUUGGCCCUGAUUGUUUCCUGUCUAGAAUUCCUGUUUUCUGAUCAAAGUGACCAAUUACAAUAUUCAAUUACAAUAUUGCCUCAGACAGACAGGUCUUUCUCCCACCCUGGACAUUCCACAGAUAUAUAAAUUUCAUGAUGCCUGCCAUAGAUGUGUGCAAAAUGUCAGGAGAGAAUGCUUCUGGAAUAUGGCUCUCCAGUCUGGAAAACUCACAGCAACCCAGUGAUUCUGGCCUUGAAAGCCUUCAACAAUACAUUAUUUUGAAAGCAGUUUACAAAUGAUAUCUCUUACCACCACAACUUUCAUGCAUUUCUAAUGGGAUAUUUUAUCAGUGUGCUGCACAGUCUAGACAAGAAGUAGUGCAUUACGUAUGUGGACUAGAUAUUCCAAAAUAUAUCCCUUUUGGACACUGGUCCCUGACAUAACCAAUCAAACAAUAGUACAUUGUGAGGCACUUAAGUUAUGUCAGUUUUUCAAAGUCCCUAUAAUCCUCUGAAGGGUGAAUGGUUGUUUUCUAUUUUGCAAGGUGCUACAAAACUGGAGAUAGGUGCUUCUGACUGUCAUUCAGGAACUGCCCAUUUUUGAAAUACUAACAUUAAAUGAAAUUUCAAUGGAAACAGUCAAGAUAGAGCUUUUGAAAAAAUAUGGUACCAAUUUAUUAUUCAUUCAAAACUAAGUAGUACUCCUUGUGGUCCCUCAGAAAAAAAUAAGAUUUGGGGAAUCUACUUUUUAAAUAUGUUCUAUCCAUGAAAUUACAACUCUGACUGGCCAUUGUAUGUUUGAUAUCCAGCCUCACCAUAUUAUAACUCCUUUGAUAUCUAUUGGAUUAAUGUAGUUUACCCAUUUAGAUGUUUACCACUUUUACCAGAUUGUUUUGGUCCUGUACUUUUCUAUUACAGCUUUUGUAAUGUAAACUUGCAAUAAAGACAUUUCUUUUUAAAAAAUGA